GACAUUUUCUUGACGUUUCUAGAGUAAAAAAGUUGACCAUUUGUCGGUAAAUAAAUUUAUUCUAAUUAGUUUUUUAGUCCGUAAUCAUUAAAAUUAAUACCAUGGGAUCAACUGGGCCUAGUUCAAAUCAUCCCAAACAAAAGCAUUCUAUACCAACUGAUAUUUUAGAUGAUUUGUGCAGCCGGUUCAUCAUAAAUCUCCCUCCUGAAGACAGAGGGAACCUCGUGCGAAUAUGUUUUCAAAUCGAGCUCGCCCAUUGGUUUUAUUUGGACUACUACUGCACCGACGAGACGACAAAGUUAAACCCGUGUGGUAUCAGGGAGUUUGCUGCACAUAUUUUUCAACACGUCCCACAACUCCGAGAGCACGUAAGCAGCCUAGACGCGGUGCUGGACAACUGGAGGGAGUACAAGUUGAAGGUGCCCACGUACGGGGCCAUCCUGCUGGACACCGACCUGACACACGUGCUGCUCGUGCAGUCCUACUGGACCAAGGCCUCCUGGGGCUUCCCCAAGGGCAAGGUCAACGAAGACGAAGAGCCGUGGAAGUGUGCCGCAAGAGAGGUAUUGGAAGAAACUGGCUUUGACAUAAGUAAACUAAUCAACAAAAAUGACUACAUUGAGGCUAUUAUUCACGAUCAAAUAGUCCGGUUGUAUCUCAUUGGCUACAUCCCGCGCGAAACUAAGUUCCAGCCUCGAACAAGGAAUGAAAUUAAAGCUUGCGAGUGGUUUCCACUGGCGGAUCUCCCAUCGAACAAGAAGGAUAUGACUCCAAAAGUCAAAAUGGGGGUCAGCCCGAAUGCAUUCUUUAUGGUGCUACCGUUUGUGAAACGCAUGAGACGUUGGGUCUCAGAACGUAAUUCGAAAGUGUUCAAUAAUAGUACACGAAGAACAAGGCACAAAUCUAUGGGCGACAUCGAGUCUACAUCAAGCAAGACUAAAACGAAAUCCAUUUCUCAGGGGCUUCAAAAUGAGAUACAAGAGUAUCAGCAGCAGAAUACCCCUCAGAAGACUUAUCCGAAGAAUAAUAACCAUGUUAACAGUAAUAAUGCUUAUGUUAACAACAAUGGCCAUCUCAACAAUAGUAAUAGCAGCAAUAAUGUGCAUGCCAACAAUCAUUCUCAUAGCAGUGGCCCAAGUACUCAAAGUGGCUCUCAAAGCCACGGCCACAGUCAGCCCAACCAUGGCAGUGCCUCUAAAAAUGGCAACAACCAAGGAAGUGGUAAUAAAAAGGAUAAGAAAAACUCGAAGCGUCAGCUGUUUACGCCGCAGAAUACUCAUAGCAAUAACUUUUCGCCCGUGCAAAAAGAUUCUAGUCCUAAUGCGGAGGUUCCGGACGAUUAUAACGCGUUCUUUAACUUCGUGGCGCCGUCGUGGGCCAACUUCAAGUUCGACCGACGCGCGAUCCUGGACUGCCUCACCUGAAAUAGGCCAGAGUGCCGCGCGGUUACCUCAAAUGCUAAAGCAAUUGAUGUUUGUGAACUCAACAAUUGGCUUUAAUAAUUU